CUCGGCUCAGCUGUUCUCUGCGGCAGCGGCACUGCGCGGUGCCGAGCCCAGCGGCGCCGGGCGGAGCGGAGCGGGGCCGGGCCGGGCCGGGCCGGGCCGGGCCGAGGGGAGCGCAGCGGGGCCGGGCCGAGCCGGGCGGAGCCGAGCGGGGCGCAGCGCCGGGCGCGCCCGCAACGCGCAGGAGCCGCGGAGCGCAGCCAUGAGCCGCCGCGUGGUGCGACAGAGCAAAUUCCGGCACGUCUUUGGGCAGCCGGUGAAGGCUGACCAGAUGUACGAGGACAUCCGUGUCUCCAAGGUGACGUGGGACAGCUCCUUCUGUGCCGUCAACCCCAAGUUUGUGGCCAUCAUCGUGGAGUCUGGCGGCGGGGGGGCAUUCAUCGUCCUGCCCCUCGCCAAGACAGGACGGGUGGACAAGAACUACCCGCUGGUGACAGGGCACACGGCGCCCGUGCUGGACAUCGACUGGUGUCCCCACAACGACAACGUCAUCGCCAGCGCCUCCGAGGACACCACAGUUAUGGUGUGGCAGGUCCCUGACUACGUCCCCGUGCGCAACAUCACAGACCCGGUUGUGACACUGGAGGGACAUUCCAAGCGGGUGGGCAUCAUCUCGUGGCACCCCACUGCCCGCAACGUCCUGCUCAGCGCAGGCUGUGACAACCUGGUGAUCCUCUGGAACGUGGGCACCGGGGAGAUGCUACUGGCGCUGGAGGACAUGCACACUGACCUCAUCUACAACGUGGGCUGGAACCGCAAUGGCAGCCUCCUCGUCACCACCUGCAAGGACAAAAAGGUCCGCGUCAUCGACCCCCGCAAGCAGCAGAUUGUGGCGGAGAAAGACAAACCUCACGACGGCGCCCGCCCCAUCCGCGCCAUCUUCAUGGCCGAUGGCAAGAUCUUCACCACCGGCUUCAGCAAGAUGAGUGAGCGGCAGCUGGGCCUCUGGGACCUGGAGAGGUUUGCCCCCCACGAAGGGCUGAGGCCCGUGCGGGCCGUCUUCACGCGGGAAGGACACAUCUUUACCACGGGCUUUACCAGAAUGAGCCAGCGGGAGCUGGGCUUGUGGGACCCGAAGAACUUCGAGGAGCCCAUCGCCCUGCAGGAGAUGGACACGAGCAACGGGGUCCUGCUGCCCUUCUACGACUCCGACUCCAGCAUUGUCUACCUCUGUGGGAAGGGUGACAGCAGCAUCCGGUACUUUGAGAUCACAGAUGAGGCGCCCUACGUGCACUACCUGAACACCUACAGCAGCAAGGAGCCGCAGCGGGGCAUGGGCUUCAUGCCAAAGCGCGGGCUGGAUGUCAGCAAGUGCGAGAUCGCCAGGUUCUUCAAGCUGCACGAGCGCAAGUGCGAGCCCAUCGUCAUGACGGUGCCGCGCAAGUCAGACCUCUUCCAGGAUGACCUGUACCCCGACACACCGGGACCCGAGCCGGCCCUGGAGGCAGAUGAGUGGCUGUCGGGGAAGGAUGCGGAACCCAUCCUCAUCUCGCUGCGGGACGGCUACGUCCCCGUCAAGAACCGGGAGCUGAAGGUGGUCAAGAAGAACAUCUUGGACAACAAGCCCCCUCCAGGCCCCCGCCGCAGCCAGUCCACCUGCGACUCUGACUUCUCCCAGUCAGCCUUAGAGGAGGUGCUGGAGCAGAUCCGUGUCCUGAAGGAGACAGUCCAAGCGCAGGAGAAGCGCAUAUCCGACCUGGAGAACAAACUCUGCCAGUUCACCAAUGGCACGGACUAGCGUGGUGGCCAUGGGCAGGGCGAGGACUGUCCUGGCCCCCCCAGGGAUUAAAGCCAAGUCCCCGCAGAGGGCAGGAGCCCAGAGCCAUGUUCUUUCCCCAGGAGCUAAGGCUGCAGGGAGGGGGUUGGAUUCUGACCCCACCGGUAUCAUUCGCACCCUGCUCACGGCGUGGCCCGGCACAUCAGCACCAUGCUGCAGCGCCCGGGGGGGGUCCUGCUUUGGUACCCACGGGCUGGGGCUGCUGAGCAUCCCUCCUCGGGGACCUGCCAGAUGGGUGCCAGCAUCCUCCCAAGACAAGGGGGCUGCCGGGCCCCCCCCCCAGCCGGGAUGUGCUUGGUUAUGGUGCUACAUCCCCCACUAACCCCUCGCCUCUCUCCACCCCAUCGCCCACUCCACUGGGUGUUUCCAACCAGCGCUUUGCUCCUGGGUCCCCUUUUAAUAAAGGGCUCGGCCACUUGUGGCCACGUGGCAUGUACCGGGGCUGUGGGACCACCACAUCAGGGGGGCCCCUGCCUGCACCCCACUGCUCGCAUGGCCCCGGUGCAGGCAGAGAGAGGCCGAGAGAGACAAACAUUAAAGAGCAUUUAUUGGUGUUGGCAGCGGA